AUGCAAAUUCCUCCUAGGCCUCUCGGAACCUACGGGUACUCCUUGCGCCCGUUCGCUCCGCUUUAUUCAGAAUACGCGAGUAGCCCAUGCACAGCACCACCGAAGCCUGUUAGCGGAAAAUCGUUCACCAUCGACGCUUUGCUGGGCAAAACCGAUCAGGCAGGGGACGAGCGAGUCAGCACCCCUCACUGUGGAAGAAAGUACCAGCCCAUGGCCUCCCCUAUGCCGCUCCAGGGACAGAUGUGUUCGCCUGUGCCACAUUACCUCUACGCGCCGAACGUCGUGCACGCACAACCCGGAUACCCUUUGUACUACUGCCCGCCGCUCCCGUACCAGACAACAUGCCGUGGGACCUUUUACACUCAAGAAACAACAGUCUCAAAGCCCAGUGUACAGUCGUUUAAACACAAGGGAGGAAAAUCAAAACGAAUGCGCACCAGCUUUACCAACGAGCAACUGUCCCGUUUGGAGAAAGAGUUCGCCCGCCAGCAGUAUAUGGUCGGAUCGGAGAGAUUCGUCCUUGCAACGGCUCUCCAUCUCACUGAGGCUCAGGUCAAAGUUUGGUUCCAGAACAGGCGUAUAAAAUGGAGGAAACAGAGUCUGGAGCAGCAGCAAGCUAAACUGGCGAAGCUUGGUCUGGCGGCGCCGCAGAAGAGCCCCGGUUCACAGGGUCGCGGGGAUGAAGGAGAAGAGGAAGAGGAAAUCGACUUUUCGGAAGGUUCCGAUGUGGACAUUUAG